ACCAUUGAAGUCCCGUUCUUUGACGGGUUGGGGAUGAGGGAGAGGGGGAAGAUAUUAAGAAGAAAAAAACAACAUUUUGUAGAAAACCUUACUUUCUUUCUGUACCCCGUAAAUCGCAUUUGCUGUUUUCGGAUCCAAGCCUGUCUGAAAGAGAUUCAAUCAAGAUGAAAACAAUUGGUGUUGCCGUGUUUGGAGCCGUGUUCUGCACUGUUCUGACUGCAUCCCUGAAAGUCAAAGAAGAACACAAGAUUGCUUUUUUCGGCGAGGAUGUGCACAUCCCACUCCCCUCCCUAGUCAGCACUGAUGUUCUGUUCAAGCCCGCCUCCAACCGCACCGCCGAGGUGGUCCUGAUGAGGGACGGGCGGGUGGUGGGCCACCGGGCCCAGCUCAACUCCCUCAAGCACCUCAUCCUGGAGGAUGUGGGGGAGGAGCACGAGGGCAUGUACGUGAUCAAGAACACCGAGGCCCCUGCCGAUGUCAAACACAUCAUCCUCAUCGUCAGGGAUUGCGCGCUGGAGCAGGUGGUCAAGUACGGCGAGACAUACCACAUCCCACUCAGUGACAUCUUGGGCCCUAUCACCCUGGAGUUCAGGUCCAGUCAAGCUCAGGCCAAUCAGACCACGGAGCCCCCGGCAGUGGUAUUGCUCAACCAGACGUCCACCCCCCCAGAGGAGUACAAGGGUCGUCUGAGUGUGUCCGAGAAAAGGGUGACUCUAGGCAUGGUGCGGGGGACAGACGAGGGAAGCUUCACCGUACUGGACCGCGAUGGGAAAGUCAGGAGGAGGUCAUGCCUGAACGUGAAAGAGCACCAGAACUUCGUCCACCUAUCAUAUGGCAGUACUUUGAAGAUCAACCUGUUUGUGGACCACACCAAAGUCAACCUCAUGUACACUCCAGACUGGGACCGGAAGGACCGGGUCAUACUAGAGCAAGGAGAGCUGGUGGUGCCGUUGGACCCUUCACUGGACGGCAGGCUGACUGUAGAAGGCUCCGUGUGCAUUCUGGAGAGGGUCCGGGUUAGUGACAUGGGGCUCUUCAGAGUGACAGACCUGUUGGGGUUCCCUGUGACCAACAUCUACCUGGAGGUGGAAGCCUAUAAGUUACCCACGCUGUAUGUUGCAAUCCUCUCCUUACUGGGCUUCCUGGUCCUCCUCUUGCUGGUGUGUCUGCUCUCCUGCCUGAUAAAUGUGCGCCGUCGGGCGGAGAAGGCGCGGCAAAUUGCCCUCAUCGCCCAGCAGGCGGGCAAGGGGGAUGGAGAUGCAUUCGUCAAGGUUGUUCAAGAGGCCUAUACACGGUUCGCUGAGGAAUCCACUUUGACGUCUACGUGGGACAACAGCAAUGCUACAGAGAGCACGGAGGUCACCAUUAAGGGUCUGGAGGUAUGCAAAGCAGGUCGCUACCACACUCUCUCCUCGGACAAGAACUUCCUGGAGAUGAGCGACUCGGGGGUAGAGUUCAACUCCUCCACCCUCCCGUUGGACAGCGAAUGUGAGACGGACGUGCCCCAGACCUUCACCUCCCACAAGCUGCUCCUCAACAACUCUGACAGUGUGGCCGCCACCAUCAUCCCCGAGGGAGACCAGAGUGCCAACCAGACCCCCGACUCGGCCAUGAGUCCCAGCUACGUGACCCAGGCCCGGUCUGAGGCCGACGCCCCUGAAGAAGACCUGAUGGGUGUCACCACGCCAGAAAGGGCAUCCAGUGGCGCGGAGCUGUCUGCAGCACUUGAGGCAGCCGAUAAAGCUAUCAGCCCGUCAGUUCCCAAUGCCACUGCAGAGAGCACCACCACCUGAGCGCAAACCACCGGACACCCUGACAAUCUUUACUCUUCAGCCUCAAUUACCCCCCACCCCCUCACGCAGACAUAACCCAAAUCCUGAUCACUGCUUUUAUAAACUAGAACUACACAAAAAAGCUUGGUGUAAAAAUUGCCAGUCUAAAUGCACUCGACUUAAUCCCUAAAGAAAAAAUACAAGACCCUAGCUCAUUAGAAUACAUUAAUUCUGUGCAUACAGGAAAUGCAUGUGUAACGGAGUUAAGAACGUACCGUAAGCUCACUCCACAGCUAGCUUGAAAUGUCGCGGAUGGAGCGAUCCAAUUGAUACCUUUUGGGAGGCUCAGCACUUUGGAAUGUUGUCACGCAAGGCUGUCACGUGUGUUGCGAAGCAGAUGAUCACUGGUUCGAGCCCAGUAUGGGGCAGUCGGACAGUGGAGGAAGCUAAGCUGUUAGCAGCAGACUGACCCCUGUUACACAUGCAUUGAAAUUAGACUUAAAAGCCAGGAUUUAGCAUUAGCUGGCCCAAGAGGCAAUUUAUAGUAUUGAUGACUGCAUAGUGCAUGCAUGCCUCUUUGGCCUAAGAACCAGAGACAGAGAUAAUAUCUAAGAUAACUUGGUGGACUAAGGGAAAAGGCAUUAUGAUGAUUCAUGAAAAUACAUUAAGAUUACCAUGCCCAAAAGGAAUGAGCGCACACUGAUAUCUGAGUAACCUUUUUUAUACCCCUGUAAAAAUGAAUCCCAGAAUUCUUCUAAUGACAAAAAUGUAAACAUUUUUGACAGAGCGAAAAUAUAUUUGAUCUAUAUUUCUUAUUAGCAUUGAAUGCUCUUACCACCAGUACUGUAUGUGGGGACAUAGACAUAGCAGCUGUAUGUGGGGACAUAGACAUAGCAGCUGUAUGUGGGGACAUAGACAUAGCAGCUGUAUGUGAGGACAUAGACAUAGCAGCUGUAUGUGGGGACAUAGACAUAGCAGCUGUAUGUGGGGACAUAGACAUAGCAGCUGUAUGUGGGGACAUAGACAUAGCAGCUGUAUGUGGGGACAGAGACAUAGCAGCUGUAUGUGGGGACAUAGACAUAGCAGCUGUAUGUGAGGACAUAGACAUAGCAGCUGUAUGUGGGGACAUAGACAUAGCAGCUGUAUGUGGGGACAUAGACAUAGCAGCUGUAUGUGGGGACAUAGACAUAGCAGCUGUAUGUGGGGACAGAGACAAAGCAGAUGUAUGUGGGGACAUAGACAUAGCAGCUGUAUGUGAGGACAUAGACAUAGCAGCUGUAUGUGGGGACAUAGACAUAGCAGCUGUAUGUGGGGAAAGAGACAUAGCAGCUGUAUGUGGGGACAUAGACAUAGCAGCUGUAUGUGGGGACAUAGACAUAGCAGCUGUAUGUGGGGACAGAGACAUAGCAGCUGUAUGUGGGGACAUAGACAUAGCAGCUGUAUGUGGGGACAGAGACAUAGCAGCUGUAUGUGGGGACAUAGACAUAGCAGCUGUAUGUGGGGACAUAGACAUAGCAGCUGUAUGUGGGGACAGAGACAUAGCAGCUGUAUGUGGGGACAGAGACAUAGCAGCUGUAUGUGGGGACAUAGACAUAGCAGCUGUAUGUGAGGACAUAGACAUAGCAGCUGUAUGUGGGGACAUAGACAUAGCAGCUGUAUGUGGGGACAGAGACAUAGCAGCUGUAUGUGGGGACAUAGACAUAGCAGCUGUAUGUGGGGACAUAGACAUAGCAGCUGUAUGUGGGGACAUAGACAUAGCAGCUGUAUGUGGGGACAGAGACAUAGCAGCAAAAUAUAUGACAUAUGGUAAUAGACCAAAUUCAUUCUACAAAUAACAUUGUAAUACUAGAUUAACAAGACCAAUAAAGACAACUUUAUUUUUUAAUAAAUCUCGGUAAAAUAAAUGCUUCUGACAAACAUAAACCCAGAGUAUCUGACACAGGCCUAUACCGCUACAAUUUCAUUACAUCCAGAGAGACACUAUUAACAGACAGUACAGGCAUGGCAUUAGGCUUUGGCACCAACUCAGAGAAAGCGCUUGUCUCAGCAUAUAGCCUCUAUAGAAUAGCAGAGUUGGAGAGCUAAAACCCCCAAGAUCUUCUUACAACAUUCUUGCUAACCGACACAAGCUAGUAGAUUGAAUAACACCAUGCUAUGCAAGAAAGCUAGUAGUGUCCCUGAGCAUGUAACAAGGUGUCCAAUCUCUGCCACUUUUGAUGACAUAAUCCCAGCACAGUAAAUGUUUACGACAUCCCUCAUCUUGCAAAACAAAUGACCUGGAACUAAUACAACGGGAACUUCACAUCAGGUCAUUCUAAACCCCUCCACAUCACGUUUCUCAUUAGAACCCCAGCCACUGCAGAACAAGCCUUGGAACAGAGACUUCGAGAACUUCUCUGACAGAUGGGACAUGACAAUGAUCCCUUUGGAAGGGACCUGAACGUUUGGAUCGCUGCCCUUUAAUAAAGGCAAGUAAGUAAGGCAGACUUAUGGAGAAGGAAUUACAUGCAUGAUGUCCUCUUUCAUUCCUAUUUUGCCUGACUCCAUGGCCCUGUUAGCCAAAAGGAACUGAGUGCUGAAUUGAUAAAUGCUAACAAUUAAGCCAACUUACUUUCCUGACAGACUGAAAACACUGCUUAGUGAGUGAGACUGGAGCGCCAACAAAGCCAGCAAGUUAUUAAGAUUCAAUGUAUUUUGCUGCUGCAUUCAUCACUGUCUUUAUGGGGGAAGGUUUUUACGCAUUCUCUUUUAACACAAUAUACAUUGCCAGAGUCACUUAUUUGAACCACACAUCCCACCCAGAACCUCUAAACGAAUAACAGUAGCUGCCUCAUCUCAAUUCAGUGCAGCAUCUUUUGCAAACGCGUUGUAUUCCAGAUAGGCGAGGAUGAAUGGCUAGACUACAACGAAGCGGCAAAGUCACAAUGCAAAAAUAGAACAUCAUUCUUAUCCAGCACCGUGAUUGCUGAACUUCUUCAAUUUCGUGAUGAUUGUAUUGUCUUAAGUUCUAUUCGAGUUGUAACCCAGAUCUAUUCAAUCUGUUCGGUCUGAACAGGAAAAACACAGAACCGUUCACUGACCAUUCAGAUAACAUCAGUCCAUUUGCUGCAAAUAUACAUUACAAAGACAUCCACCCUCAGUCCAUUUGCUUCAGAAACAGUAUAUUAUUACAUCCAUUACAACAUCUGACGAACCAUUCCACUAAGGCCUCCCAUUGUUUUCAACUCUAGUCCAAUCAGGUACUGCAUAUUAUUAAUGAAGGCAUUCUGUAUGUCGAUAAUAGGUGGGUGUAUAGCUGACCAUGUUAAAAAUGUCAAAGCAAAGGUAAUAAAGGGGUGUAACAGUCCCAGGCAUUCUGGGACAUGGCGUAGUUGUUGGUGGGGGACAGCAUCUGCUAGCAAUAUCGCUGCCUCGUGUUGUAACCGAUUUAGGAUGUCCGUGAGAGGAACUCAAGAGAGUAAGUCAAACAUGAUUGGUGUCAGAAAGAAAAAGCACAAAUAUAAUUACAUGAGAAAAAGUCCCCGUGUAACAAAAAUGUUUUAAAAUGUUUUUGUUUUUUAUUGCAGCUGUUGUAAAUAAUAAUACCUGCAAAAUACAAGUAUAAUUCUACUUUGCUUAUUUGUUUAAAAUGAAGGUUUAAUUGUUUUUAAUGCAACAUAAGAAUACUGGACAGCAUAAAUAUCUUAUGUAUAAAUGAAUCAUAUAUGAUGUAGCUACUUGAUCGUUGAUAUUCUAUCGGCUAUUAUCUUGGUUUUGUGGAGUAUUACAAUUUUAUAGAUGUGUGUUAAAUUGGUGCUGAAUUUGCACUGAUUAGAUUAGGAUGGAUAACAACGUUGACUAAAGACAAUGUAAAAGCCACCUAAUCUUUAAAGCUAUCCCUUCCAUAUCAGGUAACAAGCUACUGAAUCCAUGGUCUGGGGAGGUAUAUUUGACCCAUUCCUAUUUUAGCUAAUUGACUUCUGAUUGAAUCUUGAGCAAUAUCCGUACUGUAGCACCAAAAUUAUUAUUAUAUUUUAUAACUGUGUAAAAAAAAAGUACAUAUACAAUUCAUACACACAUACUAUACCUUACAAACGUUACCCAAAGCUCACUUUCAAGCACCCUUGUAUAUAGCCUAUAUUGCAUGUGCAUCGCCAAUACUGUUUCUUACUGCAAAGUUAUGCAACAUGUUAUAUCCCUGAAUUGCGUCUUUUAUCCUUUCACUAAGUUCACAGUAGAUAGAUACUGAUACGCAUAAUAUAUGAGAUGCCUUAGACUGAGUGGCUGAGAAGACGUAAUAUAGCAGUAAAAUGCUUAUUUUUCUGUCUCCCUUUCUCUUCCGCUCUCUGUUGCAUCACAUAUAAUCUACCUAUCACGCGAUAGUAUCAGCACCUGAGAAUGUUUUUGGAAAAAUGCUUGACGCGCUUGAACAUUUCGUCAGAACUCGUAGUAUCACGACUUUAACUAAUAUUUUUGUUCUUCUUAUGCAGAUAACUUCUGUCAUAGCUGUAGUAUUCCCAAGAGCUACUGCUGCAUGCUGACCUGUAUAUUGCCUGUGAGACAGCAGGAAUACUGCACUAUUUAAAUUGCACUGUAGGUCCUAUCCUGUUGGUGUCUGUUCAUGCAGUCAAUGAGGUAUUCUCAAAUGUCAAUAUUACUAUGGCUAAGACUGGAAUAAUGUACACCUCGACCCGCAAAAGCCAUGACAAAAUCAGCUCUGCAAUUUUCAAGUGUACCAGUUUCUUUCUUUCUUUUUAGGUUCAUUGGAAUGGGUAGUUUAUUACUAUGAUGUGACGACGUAGGAAAGGUUUGUCUUGAGAAAACAUAAAGAAUAAAGGGAGAAAACGUGCCGGAAUGCUAGAAAGAGAGGUCAAGUUUUUUGUAGACCUGCAUUAAAUUCUAUUUUCUUAAUAUUGAUGUCAGCCUACAUGGUAUGUAAGCAAAUGGUCACCCAGGGGGGAGAGUAAGUCUUGGGGUGACUUUAUGCUAUAUACAGGAACAGAAUGUGUGAUUUUGGUGACAAAGUUUGACCAUUCAUUAUUGAGCCUACCAUGUAUGUGCAUCCUUUAAACAAGACUCAGUAGUAUUUAGUAUUCAGCAAUAUAUGUCCAGUUUACCUACUUCAGGGUUGAGUUCACUAGCCCGAAGUACAUAGUUGAAAUCAGAUGAAUGUUUUUAUCUACCUGGCAGGUUUAUCUCAGAUCCCUUGGUGGGAAAAUGUCAGAUAUAUUCAGGAAAACUGCUUCUGCAAAUUAAACGAUGCAUGCUAACCUUGGUUGUUAUUAUUGCAUUUGAUUGUUUUGUUUAAUUUAAAAUGAAUGACUUUCCAAACUUGUCUGUUAGGUUUAAGUCCAGAAUUCUUACUGUUGGUUCCCUAGCUAUAUUAUCAUUGACUUUUAUAAUACUUCGCUAUCAUGUAGAAACAACUAUGCCCUUGUAUGCUAUAAUUAACAAUUUAUCAAAUGUAAUACUUUUGGCAUCAUGCACAGAACAUUUUUUAUAUGUUUUUUUUUCUGUAAUGAAUGAGCAAUGUCCAUUAAAGGAUUUUGAAGAGAUA